ACAGAGGGAGUUGUUUUUUCACCUUCAGGUCAGACACUGCCGUCCCACAGUGCAUUGCAGCGUCACCGUCGUCCACCAUGUCGGACGCCCCCGAGGCUGCGCCCCCCAGCCCCCCCACCCUCACCAACCCGGCCCCACCUGAGGUCACCAACCCCACCAAACCCGGCAGAAAAACCAACCAGCUGCAGUACAUGCAGAACGUCGUGGUGAAGACUCUGUGGAAGCAUCAGUUCGCCUGGCCCUUCUACCAACCUGUGGACGCCAUCAAACUCUGCCUGGCAGACUACCACAAGGUCAUCAAGAACCCGAUGGACAUGGGAACCAUUAAGAAACGUCUGGAGAACAAUUAUUACUGGAGUGCCAGUGAGGCCAUGCAGGACUUCAACACCAUGUUCACCAACUGUUACAUCUACAACAAGCCCACAGAUGACAUCGUCCUCAUGGCUCAGGCUUUAGAGAAAAUCUUCCUGCAGAAAGUUGCUCAGAUGCCUCAAGAAGAAGUCGCUCUGCUGCCUCCACCUCCCAAAGGCAAGAGCAAGGGCAAACAGCCUGCCGCCGCUACUACAGUGAGUCAGCAGGCGGAGUCUUCAGCCUCCCCUCCCCCCUCCUACCCCUCCCCUUCUCCCUCUCAGACACCUGUCAUCUCAACCACGCCCACACCGGUACAGACCACACCCCCCGUCUCUGCCCCGCAACCCCCGGCAACCAUGAUGCCGUCUGCACAGCCCGUUGUAAAGAAGAAAGGUGUGAAAAGGAAAGCCGACACCACCACUCCCACCACGUCGGCCAUCUCUGCUGGUCGCGCCGACUCUCCGUCCGCCCAGGACACCAAACCGGCCAAACUUGGCUCGUCCCGCCGUGAGGCUGCUGCCCGGCCCGCCAAGACCCGAAGGGAGACAGUUGAGGAGGUGGCGGGGGGUGAGGUGGGAGGCGGCGGAGGGGGAGCUGGGAGGAGUAAGGGCGGUAAGCUCGGUGAGCAGAUGAAACACUGCGACGCCAUCCUGAAGGAGAUGCUCUCUAAAAAACAUGCCGCUUACGCCUGGCCCUUCUACAAACCAGUGGACGCAGAGGCACUGGAGCUGCACGACUACCACGACAUCAUCAAACACCCCAUGGACCUCAGCACUGUCCGGAAAAAGAUGGAUAAAGGAGAGUACAGCGAUCCUCAAAGUUUCGCCACUGACGUCAGGUUAAUGUUCUCCAACUGUUACAAGUACAACCCUCCAGACCACGAGGUGGUGGCCAUGGCCCGCAAGCUGCAGGAUGUGUUUGAGAUGCGUUUCGCUAAGAUCCCAGACGAGGGCCUGGAGCCGUCAGUCCCAUCUACAACACCAGUGGUCAGUAAAAGCACCGCCUCCUCUGACAGCAGCAACAACUCCUCCUCCGACGAAUCGUCUGACUCAGAGGAGGAGCGAGCCACGCGGUUGGCUGAGCUACAGGAGCAGGUUGGUGCUGCCGACCAAUCACAGUUGAAGGCGGUGCACGAGCAGCUGGCCGUCCUGUCCCAGGCUCCUGUCAGCAAGCCAAAGAAAAAGAAAGAGAAGAAAGACAAGGAGAAGAAGAAAGAGAAGGAGAAAGACAAAGGGAACAAAGGCAAGAUGGAGGAAGAGAAGAAGCCCAAGGCUGCUGCUCAGCAGCCCAAACCAGCCAAUCAGAAGAAAGCGCCAGCCAGGAAAGCCAACAGCACGGUGACCGCCACGAGGCAACCUAAGAAAGGCAGUAAGGCGUCGGGCGGUGGCUCAGCCAACGGAGACGAUGGCGAGGAGUCAUCACUGCCAAUGUCGUAUGACGAGAAACGCCAGCUGAGUCUGGAUAUAAACCGGCUGCCGGGGGAGAAGCUGGGCCGUGUCGUUCACAUCAUCCAGUCCAGAGAGCCAUCGCUGAGGGACUCCAACCCUGACGAGAUCGAGAUCGACUUUGAAACCCUCAAACCCUCAACACUUCGAGAGCUGGAGCGCUACGUCAAAUCCUGCCUUCAGAAGAAGCAGAGGAAGCUACUGCAAAAGGCAGCUGGAGGCGGGGCCUCAGGAGGCGGAGCUAGUCGUUUGAGUGGCAGCUCUUCUUCCUCCUCUGAUGACAGCUCCUCAACAGGAACCUCCUCCUCCUCUGACACAGACUGAACACACACACACACGUUACUGAAUUCACACACUGAUUACACACACAGAGGUUUAUCCACGCCACACACACACACACACACACAACUCAGUCUAUACAGUUAACACACACAGAUACACACUUACACCCACACAUCCAUGUAAACUUCCAUCCUGAACAAACUCACACACAAAGACAGAGAUACACACUCUGAACUUCUUACAACACACACACACACACACACACAUACAUAUAAACCACACACACACACGCCCAGACGUGGAGACUGUAUGUAAAUAGGCUGACCUGUUUUUUAGCUCCUAGUGUGUUUUUUUUUUUUUUUUGUUUUUGUUUUCCUGGAGGAAUGCCGACAGAUGGAGGAGGAGGAGAGGAAGACAGUGACAACUUCCAGUCAGAGAAGAAAGAGGAGGAGGAGGAGAGACAGACAGCCCGUCUGUCUGUCUGUCUGGGAGUCGUGUUGAUCUUCUCUGAAAGCUCGAGCAUCGUUGCCAUGGAGGCUUUCUUCUUCUUCUUCCUCUUCUGGGACGGCCGGCUGCGACCCCUGACCUCUGAAAACAUUCCAGAAGCAUCUGUAGAGAAUCAUGGGAGGAGGAGGAGGAGGAGAAGGAGGAGGCGAUCUCAGUGGGUUUUACUCUGAUCAGGGUUUCAGAUAGUGAUUGAUUGAUUGAUUGAUUGAUUGGAAGCAGAGCGCCUGCAAAGAGUUUCCUCAGAUUUUUGUCUACAGGGUGGAAACGCCUGCGAAUGGAAAUGUGUUGAUGCCACACAAGUAAAAAAAAAACAGCUGAUCAGUAUCAGGUGAUAAAAUUUUACAAAAAAAAUUUCCCAUUACAAGAAUUUUUUUUCAUAAAAAAAGAUGCUUUUCUUGUUGUAACAAGUUUAACAUGAAAACCCUUUGUGAAAACGUGAAACAAAUGUUAUAACAGGAAACUUUUUGUGUCAUCACCUGAUACUGAUUAGUUUUGGGUUUUGUGAGACAAAGUUCAGAGCAUUGUGGGAGCCAAUCACGUUGUAAACCACCAAUCAGCUGUCAGAGGCUUGAAACUUGGUGCUGAGGAACGAUCUGUGGUGUCGUAGUGACGUCAUCAUGUAGUGGUGCGUUUGAGUGUUUGUAAAGAUCCGGUCACAGUUUAUCACUUAUCUUUAUGUGAACAAACUGAAGGUGCGUUCAGGUCCUCGUUCUGGUGUCGGUCUGCAGUGUUCUGCAGCUUUUUGUCUUGACUGGAAAAUCCAGUCGUUAUUGUAUAGAUGACAAAAUGUCUUAAAGCAUCAUAUUUCCUGUAGCGAUCUGGCGUGAUCUGGUCUGAUCUGGUUCCUCUGGUGGUCAGCAGAGUUCGGGUUAACUACUCCGAACAGCUGCUGUUGUAAACGUGACUGUCGUGUGGAGGUGUGGUGUGAGAAGAUGGAGGUUGUUACGUUGCAGUGACACAAGAAUGUGGUUCAAACUGCCGAUUGGUUCACUGUGGAGGCAUUGAACGCAUCAUCGUUAGAGUUGGGUCGAUUUCUGGUGUCCGAGCUUAAACUGGUUAGAUUUGAUACAGACCAGCUAAACUGACGUUUGUCAUUAUGGCAAAUGAAAAAGUCGCCUACAUCAUCGGCCUGUGCCGACAGUGUCACGGCGCGAAAUCCAACAUGUACUGUGUUAAUAAUAUUAUGUUUCUAAAUGGAGCCACCAGUGUCUGAGCAGCUGUGAGCCGAGGCCGCUGUCUGCAGCAGGAAGGAGAUUAUAUUUCAGGAGAUGGGAGGGGCAGAGCGGCGUGUGUUUUGGGGUGGUGAGAGGAGAUGUAGCAAGAAAACUAAAACUGCACCAAUAUGACAACAUUUUGGAUUUGAAUCCAACAGAAGAGGCGUCCUGAAUAACCACGAGUGACGCAGCGCUCUUUGUGAGCUGAACUUUCAGAUGGCGUGUUUCUAUUUAUAUCUUUCGCUUACAGUGGACGAGGAACUGCUGGUUGAUGAAGUUAGGAUGAAUUAUCGAUGUGAUGUCUUCUUAUUUUAGUAAGAAUACCUGAUGAAGGUGUGAGCUGACCAGAGGCAGAUCAACAGGGAGCUGAACGUUUCUGCCAAAUGACCCUCGCUAACGUUUCCUGCUGGUGAUUUUGUCAUUUCCAUCAAAAAUCCCAUUAUAAAUGUGUUUUUAAAAAGUAGCCUUACAGAGUAGAAAGGUCGUCAGUAGGCUACUUACCCAUCGUUGAAGUGGUCACAUCUCUGAUCUGAAUCAAACAGCUGAUGUUUACGUGUUGUGUUUACGUGAAGUAACAGAAGUGGCUAUUCGAUGGAUUCAGUGUGGACGGGGAGCUCUGUGAGGUGAUGUGAUGCGAUUGGACGCUUGUUUAUAGUGUUGAUGUGGUUUCAUUAAGUUCCGCUCGGCGGCAGCUGCCGAGUGCGACACCUGGUCGCAUCGAGUCAAUCUUAACCGUGAUGUCACUCCAGUUUAAAGUGGUGCUGCGGUCGGUGACAGUUUCUCGAAUGUGACGCAGGUUUAUUUAAAUGAUCUCAACACAUCGUCAUCACUUUAGAUUCUCUCUGCUACAAGUUUCAGGUCUCUGCAGGAGUUUUUUUAAUUAAAACUAGAAUCACAAGUUUUUAUUUUUUAAUCUUGAAGUUAUCAGUUAAUCUGUCAGAUCAUUUAGAAUCAAUCAGCUGAUUUAUGCUCUAAGGUAAAUCAUGAAGAACCGAAAACCCUCUGAGACCAAACCGUCCUCUGCUGGUCCUGAACGCCACACCCACACCUACUGUCUGUCCCCGGGGUCAAUGGGGGGGGGUGGGUGGGGUCACCAGGCUCGGACCCAGGCACCCCCCACCAACCAGCGCCGGCUCUGUCAGCGCAGAGCGAGACAAACUUCUGUUUUUGUUUUUUUUGUUUGUUUGUUUUUUUUAACACUACAUUUCCUUUAUUUUUCAGUUUUAAUUUUUCAGGUUGUGUGCUAAACUUGUUUGUGUCUUAUAAGGUUCUCUAUAUAAAAACGUCUUUGUACCGCUGUCCUGUUCAACCCCCCCACUGCCGCCACCACCACCCCGCUGCCGUCAAAACAAAACCACUCAUACUGUAACCCCCCCCCCC